CAUUUAUUUGUGUACUUGUGUGAAAACCAAUGGGUGUAACCGACUCUGCAUAACGUAUAGUCAGUACUUUUAUGUAGUAUACAUGCAUUAAAGACCAAUGGCUAGUUGUGAGCAAGGAACUAUAGAGCAAGCUUCCCUUCAUGAAACUCCUGCACCAGAUGCCAGCAGAGAUGCCACUGAAACCACACCACUCGUGACAAGUAAUCACGGGAAAUAUGGCAAGAAGAAAAGUGUGCUGAUCAAGUCAAAGGCUGCAAUAAUGAUUCUCUUUUGGACUGCCUUAAUGUCGUUGAUCUAUGGUGGUUUUCUGAACCCGGAAAAUUAUUUCUUAUUCACUUACCUAUUGACGAGAGUAGUCCCAGUAUUUAACAGUGAGAUGAUAGAUAGUGGCAUAUAUGCUGUGUUUGCUUUCGGGCUCAUUUUCUAUCCUCUAGCCGGAUACUGUGCAGAUAUUCGAUAUGGCAGAUAUAAAGUUGUGAGAUGUGGUGUGUGCACCAUGUGGUGUGGACUCUUGACAGUGGUUGUUAUCGGUGGUAUUGUGAACGCCAUCAUUGUACCAAUUAGGAAUAGAUCUAUAGGUCAGAGUUCCUCUACAUUCCUGGCUCUAAAUAUUUCGAUACUAGUGAUGAAUUGUGUACUUGGAUUUUUUCUACUUUCCUGCUUGUUGAUUGCAUUUGCUGCAUUUUUAGCCAACGUUCUUCAGUUUGGGGUUGACCAAUUAAAUGAGUCUCCUUCUAGAGACAGCUUUCUUUUCAUUCAUUGGUUUAUCUUUGCGCUGUAUAUUGGAAUAAGCUUUGGAAAACUGGUAUGGAGUACAGCUAAUGCCUCGAAUUACUUAAGCCUUUCCUUAUUUGGGCUCGUCCUAUUAGUUGAGCUUAUUUGUAUACCAGUAACUUUCUGUGUUGCUAAGCGCAGGUGGUUUGUUAUUGACACUGGCGUUGGUAACCCUUACAAAGAGGUUGCAAGAGUUGUCAGCUUUGCAAGAAGAAACAAGAUUCCUAUUCAACGCAGUGCCUUUACAUUCUGGGAGGAUGACAUACCCACUGGACUGGAUCUAGGCAAGGACAAGUAUGGAGGACCAUUCACUACCGAGCAGGUGGAGAAUGUGAAAUCAUUUUUUGGAAUCGUUGUCCUUUUAUUUUCAAUUGGACCAUUUUUUACGGCUGAUAUUGCUGCAGCACCUUUUCUCAGUAUACUUAAAGAUCACAUGCAGGCAGAGAACAUUUGGCUUGAUAGUUUUAGUUUAAGCAACAUUGUUUACUCUAUGUUCAUUAAUGGUGGCACUCUGUACCCCACCUUUAUUAUUCUUUUUGUUCCUAUUUUUCUCAAAUUUCUUCAUCCUCUGUUUCAAAAAUACUUCCCUGGUAUUCUGAGGCGAAUUGGAAUUGGUCUUUGUCUUGUCACUGUUAGUCUGUUUUGUUCACUUUUUGUUGACACAAUUGGUCACUGUCUUCCUGGUGGCCAGAAUGCUACUUCAGUGUUUGCUCCUGUAUAUUUUAAUAAUGAUUAUGGUUAUUUUGUUGCUCCUCCCUCCCUUCAUCUCAGCCCCUUCAUUCUCAUUAUUCAGCAAGUCCUUGUUGCUGUGGCCUAUGUAUUUAUCUAUGGUGGAGUGUUUGAAUUCAUCUGUGCUCAAAGCCCUCACUCUAUGAAAGGAUUUCUCAUUGGAAUUUUCUUUGCCAUUAAAGGACUUUUUCAGUUGAUUGGUGUUAUUGGAAUUCUUUUACCGUUUAGUUUCUGGCAGACCUCCCCUAAAGCUGGACUGGUUUAUUUCCUGGUGAACAUUGUGAUUUCAGUCGCAGGUGUUGUGGUUUUCAUAGUAGCAGCAAAGAGAUAUCAGUAUCGACAACGUGAUGAGCUUUGUAAUGUAAGAAAAUAUAUUGAAGAAGUUUACGAAAAGGAUGUUCGUCACAAUCGUGAAUUUGAAGAUCUAGAUAUUCACUUUGAGAGUGAUUCUGACUCAGAGACCCAUGCGUAGAUAAUAACAUACUCUUAUGCGAAUAGUUCUAAACUUGCGUUGGUUUGUUAUACGUGUAAUGUAUAUAUUUAAGUGGAGAAUUGUCUAUAG